AAGGGAAGUACUUUUGUGAAAGUGAAACUGCCGAAAGUGUUACUUUGAAGUGUUAUCGGGAUUCCCUUUUCGGAAUUUUCAAGUAAGCUCGCAUAGCAAUUUGCUUUCACUUUCGAUCAACCAGUUCAUGUUUGUCAUCAUAUUAUUUAUCAACAUAUUGUACAUGUAUAUAUGCCUUGAACCAAGAGGAAAGUAUUUUUGCAUACAGCUACAGACAAAGAUAAAUUCAAAUCGAUUGCUUUUUCUUUUAAUGUUUUUAUUCGCUGUCUUUCACAAGGGGCUUGGAACUUUGACAUGAAGGUUAGCUAGGUUAUCUUUUCAUUAAUUAGUUAGCCAUUACACUCACCUUCAGCUAGACAGAGGAAAAAAACAUGUUUUCCCAAAGUAAAUAUGGAUGCAUUAAUUCUCACUGAAUGACUUUCACAGAAAUGUUAAGUCUUUCUUUACUAGAGGUAAGAAGAUGUGAUUUGCUGUACCUCAAAAAUGGAUCAGUCAACAGUAUUUACUAGAUGUGGGGAAUGUUGUAACUUUGUAUUCUUUCCGUCUAUUACAUUGUUUAAAUUAGCCUUUCCCCCCAAAUUUCUCAUAGCAAAGUGUUCUUUGUGUUGUUGUUGUAAAGCAAUUUUUCAUUUAGAGUUCUUGUUAGCAAAAAAUAUCAGUAAAGAAAACUGAGCAAGGUAUACUUUCUUACUGGUACCAUCUCUCCUUGCUCCUCAUCGCUAGCUAGGGAUGUUUCGCCAGGAGGUGUGUCUGGGCCUCAACGACAGGAAUUCUGUACUGAUGACGUAAAUCAAUGUCUACGUACUAAAUCCUGUAGUUAUGGGUUCCAACUGUAAAUUUGUUAGAUGCUAUGUUUUUCCUGGUCGAUUAUGGUAAAGUUUUGUGUUCUUCAGGGAAGAAGCACCAGCAAAACGUAAAUGCUUCUGCUAAAAAAGUUUAUAUUCCAUGAAAAUUGACUGUUUUGUAGUAGAUUCAUGACAUUAACAUUUGACUUUUGUGACGGUUUGUCUUUUGUCUGUCGUGCCUAAACAAUAGAUAAAACAAUAUAACUAACUACUACGUAAACCAAUCGGUGCUCCUGACCAGAUUCGGGACAGAUUUUCUGUCAUCAGUAUGGAAUUCCUGUUGCUGAGCUGCAGACAUCCUCUUACUGAAACAUCCCAAGCGUCAAGGAGCGAGGAAAGCAGGCUGUGUUUUCAGGCAGGGAUUUCAAUAAAAAUUGAAGUAGCCAGCAGGUUUGAAUAGAGUGGGUAACCGACUGAGCCGUUGGUCCCCUUUCUCGGGGGUCUGGGUGCAUUAUGCCCUAGAAAAUUUUGAAAUUUCAAAGCCCUAAAGUGCGUUCAAGGAGCUAGAUUUGAGGACAGAAGAGCAUGUUUUUCAUUCAAUUUAUCGGUCACACAAUCAAUUUCUACAAGCAAUAAACAAAUGACGAAAACUGAAUCACGUACUGUUGCAUGUAAACAAAUUCACAGUUUUCGACACCAUCUUGAUGAGUAGGCAAAGGAGUGAGAAAUUACAGUGCUUGUAUGAGAAUCUAAUGUCAAAUUAUUUCCAUAAAACGGCUGUUCAGAAAAAAAUAUGACUUGUGAACUAAAGCUACAAAACAAAGAAUUGUACAAAAAAAAAUGGGGGGGGGGGGCAAAACUGUACUUAAAUUUCUCCAGAGGCUUGCUUUAGAUUGUCCAUGUGCGUGUCUGUAAUUUUUCCUGCGACUUUCUUACAGGCAAAUGUAUAGAAAAUUCAAAAAAGUGGUUCUAGGUCUUUUAGCACAUAUAAUGUCCUCAAUUUUUUCAGUAGAAUCCUUAGGAGUGAAGCUUUAGUUUACAAUUCAUGUUUUUUUCAGAACAGCUGUUGUACAGAAAUUAUUCGACAUUAGAUUCUCAUGCAAACACUGUAAUUUUUCACGCGUUUGCCUACUUGUCAAGAUGGCGUCAAAAACUGUGACAAGGUCUGUUACAUUUUCAUUCAGAUUUUAUGAUGUAUUUUUUGUCUACUACGUUAUUCAAACUAGUUGCCUCUUCUUUCUAGAAAAAGUAGCGGACCUCUAUGAGUAAAGUAGUUGACGCGUUUCGUUGGCCUUGGGUGUUUAUUGAAACCCCUGUUCAGGCUAGUUGUAGGGUUGAAAGAUGACGAGAAGCAGUUCAAUGGCCAUUGAGGUCACCUGUUGUGGGACCCCAUGCAUGUCACGGGGUGUUUUGAGUUGGGCAUGAGCUUUCUGCUGUUCAGUUUUCUUGAGAACUGUGAAAGUUAGUAAGCUAAUGUGUGUGAUUCACUCAAGAGGUCUUAUGAAAUGUACACACCAGGGGCUGUCAUUAAGUACAUUAACAUGUAGCACCUGUUAUAGAUGAGCUCAAUUGAUGUUACAGGAGAUUAAGGGUGAGUUCAAUUGACCAUAUUCUGGAAUUAGAAUAUACAGAAUAAACUCUAAAAAUCACAUAUUUUGACUUCCAUUGAAUGUAAAGUCCAGAUACCAGGUAGACAUUAAAAUAAUAAAGAUGGUUGAAACAUUUCAGUGGUCAAAACAUUUGUGGUUGAAGAGAUUCAUCCCAAAUUUCUGCGUAUUUGUAUUCUGGAAUAUGAUCAAUUAAAUGCCUCCCCCCCCCCUCCUUAAACAGUUAGCUAAGGGCCUCCACAGACUAGACAUUUAGUUCUCAACAACUACACUUACUUUUAAAUUGUCGACAACGCAAUUUUUCUGAGUUAUAACUGGAAAUUAAGCCAGUGUUUGCGAGUUUUGGGGAUGUUCACCUCAACUACAACAACACGCUUUCCAACAACACUUUUUUAUGGCCAUUCACCUAUGUGAACAAAAGCAAAAAAGGUCAGCGUAUCGCAUAAUACACGAGCCUGAAUAUUUUGUGAAUUAACUCCCAAAUCUGGUAAGAUUAAGCCCUUGUUUAUCAAAAUAAUUGUGAUAAAGAGCUAUUACAGUUUUAUUAACAGAUUUGGGAGCUUUCCUUGGAGAAUAAAUGUGAAACAAGUGCAAGAUUGCAGUGUAGAAAUGACUGUAAACAAACCGCCAUCUUGGGUCAAGCAGUUGUUCAAAAGUUUGCCUGGUUACCAAGCAUAAACAUUCAGUUCAAAAUAAUUGAUGCUGGGUGAUUUGUUUCGAAUGAAAAAUGAUUCCUUCGUUGUUUAAUACCAGCUUUAGAAGAUGUAGAAGUCAUUAAAAACCAGUAAUAAAGAAGAGGAUGAGCAGCUAGAGCUUUUGCAGUCAAAAACUUGACUCAAUUUUGUUUUGUUGCCCGAGGAUACUUGGUUACAAGACGCACCCCAAAAUUACAACAGAUUUAAAGCUAUCAACCAAACUUUCAUUGAAAAAAUGCCUUAUAAGCAAAAAAAAAAACGGAAUACUAGUGUGUGGAGAUUUAUAGAUUACUUUUCGACAACUAUGGUAUUUGAUUGUAUCUUUGUUGUUAGUGGUCAGUGUUCUUUUCUGCAAACAUAAAUGGUUGGAGGUAGGUGGUGAAUAAAUUACACAAAAAAGAUUUUUUUCUUUGGAGUAUCAACACAGCACUGGAAGCUCAUGCUGAUAAUAAUCUUGCCAUUAUUGGCACAUCUUGUUGUGAAGAGCAAGUUUUCAUGAAAAAACUCACUUUAACAAGUGUUUAUUCCCUAUGCCCUCCAUCCUUUUUUCCUGUUUAUUUAUUUAUAUAUUUAUUUUUUGAUCAUAGUUUUCCCUUUGGCUUGUUUCACUUUAUUCCCGCUGCUGACCCUUUAGAUCCUUGCAAGGUUUUUUUGCAAUAGCGUAUUUCUAGUAUGUAGGUGAUAUCUUCCCUUUCUCAAGUUUGAAAAUCGACUCUUUUGACUGCCAGUGUUUCUCCUGGACGCUGCCAUUUUGAUUUACAUUCAUUAGAAGCAUGCAUAAUGAAUCUUAGUUUCCAAGUUUUUGGCAGACAUUAUUUGUUAUCAACAUGUUAUCAACAACUACAAUACUCCAGGACAUAGUUAGCUAUCAAUGACUUUUACUUAAUCAUAAAGGGUACCGGUAGUUGUGAACAACUUAACAACUCAAAGGCAUAAAAGUUUUAAGAGGGUAAAUUUUAAUCCUAUGCCUCCUUCAUAGAAUAAUGAAAUGCUAGGGAAACACGUUUUUGGUACCGUGCCCUGAAGUCAUGGAGAUCACAAAUUUUUGGAAACAUGUGGAAAACAAAAAAAAAAUUUUACAAUUUCAAAUGUGUUAACCCAUUCACUCCUGGAAAUUUUGCUGAAAAUGCGUUUUCAUGCUAUUUGCGAGGUUUUCUGGUCACUGUCUGGCUGUAAAGAGUUGAAAGUUAUACACUUCGUAGCCCUCUGAUCCAGAUGCGAAAUGUUAAGUUCGGGCAUGCACAGAAAGCAAAAAUUUGAAGAUAGGGUUUAAAAGUGAUACAGCAGUAUUGACAUUUUCUUUUCGCCUUUUCUCCUCCCCUCUUUUUUCACGUUUCUUGUCUCAUUUAGUAGGCAUUUACUAGGCUUCAUUUUGGUGGGAAAAGUUUUUGGGAAAAUUUUUAGGAUCUCAGGGUUAGAUGAAAAGAAAGGUAAAUGGGUAGUACAACAAGAUUUUCAUGGAAAUUUUCGGGUCAACAUUACACGGUUUAUUGCCUUUUUCUCUUGACUGACUUGUGCUUUGUCACCCUGCACAAGUUAGAUGACAAAGUUGUCCUUGACCAUUAAAGCUGAUGACUUCACAGGUAGUAGAAUGGACGUGGAUCUGCACAGGCGGUUAUGGGUGGUUCAGGGGUGAAGGCGUUACAGAAGUACACGCAAAGUAGCUAUAUUGAUAGCCUGAGAAAACAGCCAACAUUUUGUGACUCCACCACUGGUUUUCCCCACAAAAUGAUGCCUGAGAAACAAGUGCAGAAAUUCCAUACUAAUGAAGCAUCAGUGCCUAGAUCUGGGUAGUGCUUUUGAUUAGUCUUGGCAGGUGGGAAAUGUGCUUCCAUCAAUCAGAAGUGCUACCCUAAUAUGGGUAGUGACAUGUCAUCAGUAUGGAUUCUCAGACAUCAUUUGGUAGGGAAACUAGUGGUGGUGUUGGAGAAUGUCAGCUGCAUUCUCAGGCUACUAUAGACUUUGCUUAUAGGUUACACAAGGUAUGGAUGGCAAUGUUGCAAACCCAACAAUGAUUAUUACAUAAUUAUAGAAUCAAGUUUAUUAUGUGAUAAUUAGCUAAGCAUCUCUUUAUUACUGCAGAUACCACCAGGACAGAUGCAUCAAAACCUAGUUAUGCAGCAGAUGCCUGGACCUCCACAAGGACAGCCACGCCUACCAAAUCAACAGCCAUUCUACCCAAACCAGCGACCCAUGAGAAUUCCUCGGCAUCAGCCCCAAAAUAAUCAGCCAAUGUACUCUUCACCCCCCGGAGGUCCUCCUAUGGCUGUACAGAUGAUUGGUCCACCUGCUACAACUCAAUUUAUGCCUCAUGGACAGCACCCUCCAUUUAUGACACAACCUGUGAGUGUGAUAAAUGAUUCUUUUUUUAACCCAUACUUUCAGUUUGCAGUAUACUUGUUCCAUUCAAAUUUCUGAUGGAUCCAUUUUGUUAGGCAGUUUCACUGCAAUCAUAUAUUUUUUGCCUUGUAACAUGAAUUUUUUGCGAGAUUUAAAGCAUUAAUUAUAAUAUGUUCGAACAUAAGUUUCUGAAAUUUAAUAGUGUGUGUGCUAUAAAUAGUCAGCUAAUAGAAUUUUUUGUGGUUUGCAGGUUGAUUUCUCUCUUCCCAUGGGUAACCCAGGGCAAAUGCAGUAUCACCGCCCUCAACAACCAAUGCAAGGACAAUUUGCCCCAAUGUCUGGUCCUUCACAGCCUCAAGGUUCCCCUUAUUUUCAACCGACAACUGUUUACCAGGUGGGACAGCCCAACCCUCCCAUGUACAUUGUUAGAGCUCCUCCAGGGCCCAUGACGGGAAUGCCCCAAUAUCAAACUCCAACAUUUGAGCCUCGUGCAAGGGAAAGAAAAAUAAUCCAGAUAAAGGAUCCAAAUAGUAACAAGGAUGUAACACAAGAGAUUCUCAAUCGACAGCCUUCUGGGAGUUUAACAGGAAGCACUGGUGGUACCCCUAAUAACAUUACUCCAGACAUUUCAGGUCAGAGUAGUAGCUCGAGCACCCCACCCUUGACAUUACAGCAGCAAGCUGAGGCAAAUGUAAGGGCACAGUUUGCAGCGCAGGUCGCAGCAACACUAGCUAAUUCAGAAGACAAGCCUAAAAAACCAGAAGUUAUUAUUCAGAAAGCGCCAGUAAAUAAUAAGGCAGUUGUAGAUACUGUUCAAUUAAAAGAGACAACAGUUACCCAGAAAAAUGAAGUGGUAAAAGAAACAAGAACGAACCCUACUACUGGGAUAGAUACCCAGGUAGCUGAAAAGCCUGUUGAAAAGCCUCUUGAAACAGAGCCUAAAGAAAUACUUGUGAAAACGCAGCCUACAGAAGCUGUGCAGGGCUCUAAACUUAGUGAGGGAGUUUCAGGGGACAUUUCAUUCGGCCCAAAGUCCUUGGUUAGCUCUGUGGAUGCAACUACGUCAGCUAAGGGUAUUAUCCCUAAUGUCAGAGUCGAGAUCUUUACUGCAGAUGAACUACGUAAGAAGGAAGUGCAACAAAUUAGCUUAGCUGCAGCUGGCGAAGUCAAACCUGAAAGACAAGAGAAAUCAGAGGAAACUGCAGAAGAACCUGUUAGUGAUGUGAUGCCUGUCACAGAGACAAAGAUGUUAAAUGGACCUGUGGCACUAACCAAUGAGGAGACUGACAAAACAGAAGAAGUUGUAACUGUUGAGAGUCAGCCUGUAGUCGAUACACCACCGGUGCAGGCAAAUGUUGUGGAGACCACUGAACCCACAGAAUCCGCUGUAGAUGUUCCUGUUGAUCAACAAGUUAGUGAGACUGAGGUAUCAGCUCAACAAACUGAAGAAUCAGAGGAUUUGCCAACAGCCUCAAAGGUAGAAGAUGUGGUAGCAAGUGAAAAGGUGAAUGGUCUUGAUGGAGAUUUAAAGACAGCUACAGCUGCUCCCAAGAAUACUGUUGAUGCACAAGCAACAGGUUGGUAUCAUCAACGAUGGUGUGCUACUUUGCAAAAGAGCACUAUGUACACAUGGUUCUCUUGGGUGGGGUGAGGGAUUUCUCCCGGCUUCUAUGAAUAGGAUCCCUGGGUGGGGUAAAUACAACCAAAAGAAAUCCCCAUUUCUUUGAUUCCCCUGUCUGCUUGUUGUAUUUACGUAGCAUCUUGAAAUCUAAGUGAUGGCACUGACUAUUCAUAAAUUACCAGAGCGUGUUUUUUAUUUGACCUUGAAAUACAAAACAAUACACAAACUACAAACAAAUGAUUGGUUUGUUGCAUAGACGCAAAGCUCAGUGGCUUUUUAUUGGUUCGGCACUGAAUACAGCUGUACUCAGUGUAUUCCCAGCUGACAGUAGAUUGCUGGAAAGGAGUUUUCUACAAUGUGGGGAACAGAAACUGGACUGCAGAUUGGACUAUCGAAUGAUGCGUUUUUCCAUUGUAGGGUUUUCUUUGGUGGCAUAAUUAUGUUGAUCAAUUUCUCUAUUCAAAUUAUCCACUCUAUUCUAGUUAAAACAAUUAAUUUAGAACACUCACAGAAACCAUUUUUCAAGGUCAGAACAAGUACAACAUUAGAGCUUAGAGAUAAGUGUCAAUAUUAGCACUCUUCAAACACAUUACUGAUAUUACCGCUCAAACUGAUUGAUAUAAUAUAUGAGGUACAUGGCAUUGUUCUUGGGCUUUCUCUCUCAUUUUUUUCAUUAAAAGUAUGUAGUAUUUUGAUGGUGGCUUAACAUUUGUUUAAAAUAACUGGUGUUGUUUGAGAAAUGUUUCAAAUGUAAAGAUUGUUCUGUUAUACUUUUCUAGGGCAAACUGCAAAAUCUGCAUGUAUCACAUAAUUUGCUGGUAUUGCUUGUCAACUUGAAUUUGAAUGACAGUUUUAGAAAUGGCCACUUGCAAAUAAUUUGAAUUAUUGCCAUAAUCAAAAUAUGGAAAGAGAAAGAAAAGGAGGCUUAUUAUUAGCAAUUUUUAAGAUGCCUGCAUUAAGUGGGUUAACAUUCGUCAUUUCUGUCUUUUCUGUCAAAGAGAUAAUAUCUUCCUUUUCAUUAUGAAGAAGCAUCAAAUGUAGUCAUGGGAAGCUCCAAGUCCAACACAUUUCUUGAAAAAAUGCACAGAAGCUGUAUAAUCUUUUACUAAACCAAUUGUCUACUUCCUGUUUGGUUGUGCAAAACAAGGCUAUUUUAACGUGACUAAAUGGCAUGUCCAAUGAGGUCACCAAGAAGGUGCACUGCCCAGACAAACAUUCUUUGUCUGAUUUAGUGCUGUGUACUAGUGCACUUAGACUUUGUAACACAUACAGCAAGCAAUACCCUACACACAUCCAACAACACACUGAAGAUAUUUAGUAGGAAUGAAUUUUCUCUGUAAGAAUUUUAGUUGUUUUUGCUGGUGCCAGUGAUUGCAGCAGAACAUGAGAUGUAAUGGACAAUGAUUAGGAGAAAUGAAUCUUCUUACAAAUCUACAUCUGAAACCUCAUGAAUACCAUAUGAUUUAUUUCAUCAUUGAUUUGAUUCAUAUCAUAUCAGUAUGGAAUCUUUUGGGCCAAAACACAGAUCGUUCUCUGGCAACUGGAUACAUGUUAAGUUUAUGGGACAGAGAGCUUUGUGUUUAAUAAUUUAUGACUUCUAUUCAUAUUACAGUAACUGCAAGUUCAACACAACAAUAGUGCAUUGUUUGAUUCCUAGAAAACCGGGCCCAGGGUGUGUUGUACAAUUCCCAGAAACAAGAAUGUUGUAAAGAGUGUAAAUUUAGUUUGACUAAAAUAGUGGUUAGAUUUCUAUCCUUGUGUCCUUAAAAGAUGAGUAGGCGUAAAAAGACUCCUAAAGCUUUUGAGGGGCCAAGUAAGUUUCAUUGCCUAAUACCUUGUUUAAUGGUUUCCGUAUUGAGUUGAGUUAGUUGUUUUAUGAUGAGUUGUUAAUCAAUUAUGAUGGAUUAGAUUAUCAAGUCAACUUUCUGCAAGUGUCUAAAUUUACAGGAAUAUAAAUUUCAUCUCUUGUGCAAAAUAACCAGACUUCCUUAAAGAUGUGUUGAAGUACAUGUAUCUGUACAUUUCCUGCAGGAAAAAAAAAUGAAAUAUGCUAGAAUAGAUAUUAGUGAUAUCUCUUAUUGCUGAAUUAGUUUUCAUAGUAGAGCACAAGAAGUAUGACCUCUGCUAAAACAAUCAUUAAGGAAGUAAAGGUAUCUCUCACUUAAAUGGCCACACAGACUCAGAUGGUAUGUCGUAAUAAAGAGGUAUGCAUGUACUAAGUACUAAUAAGAAGCUAUUACUUAAGUGGUCAUGUACUACAGUAUUUCAUUAAAAAACUCGAAAGUUAAAAAUGUAAAGUGAACAGCCUAGUAAAACUAUAGGAAAGGGCUUGGGUACUUUAACAUGUUGAAAAGAUGUACAGUGCAUUAAUGACCAGUAUAACUGGAAAGUUUGUCUCAAGCACCUUUCCACUGAGACUAGGCAACUGUUAAGUAUAUGAAUAGCAUUACAGGUGGAAGUAGUUUGUACCAGUUAAUUAGCUUUUCCUGAGUGGUUAAUCCAAUCAAUUGGUUCUGCCAGCCCCAGUAUGGGCAUCAAAUAGAGCAAGUAUCAUAGUGAGGUUUGAGGAACAUAUUUGUAUAAUGACAGUUACUGCUGUAAAAUGCUAUUUAUCCUUGUUCGGGUUUUUUUUGUUGGGAUGAUGUUUAAAGUCAAAUUUUCAAAAUUUUUAACUAGUUUAUUGCAAGUAAAGUUUUGAAAGGCUGCAAAUAACAGGGUGUAAAGCGUACUUUGUACAAUGUUAUUCAUUAAAAUUACUUUUUAAUCUGUAUUGUUAAUCAUUAAUGUUAUAUUGCUUUCAUGGCUUCAUACACAAGCCAAAAAUUUGAUACCUGCAUUAUAUUUAACCCUGAGGUCAUUGAGUCAUCACAUUCCAUGCUGAGUAUUUCAUGUUCAAAAUUGCGCAAUAUUUCAGCUCUGUGCUCUCCUGUGUAUAUCCUAGCAAGACUCAGAGUUUUCUUCAUCCAUUUGGCAAGUUUUAAGGGUUGCUUGUGCUUGCUGACAAUAAUUGCCUUUGUAGAUUUAACAUUAGCUACCUCUAUAAGUAAACUUUUCACAAUUGUGCAUAUUAUAAUUAACUGUUAAUGUCAUGCAACCAUGAAAAAUGGCUCAUGAACUUGUGCAUUUCUUCAAAUCCUAAUCAAUUAAUGCCAUUUUGGAGUUUGUUUGGUGAGGUUCUCUCCUCUUUGGUCUGAUGUAAGUUAAUUGCUAUUUUCUUGCAAGUGAAUGUGAUUAAGUUUCAGUCAGCUAUUGCAUUGAUUUAUAUCGGUAGUGAAAAAUAGUGUGAUAGUAGCUUGAAAGAUAGUGUGAGAGAUAUAUAGCAGGUUGUGGAAGUUGUCGCACCAGUAUCAGACAUCUGUGGUAAUUAAUAUAUGUUGUGUGCUUUGUGAAAAUAUGAUGAGCUUAAAAUGUCUAGUUUUGCUUACCUUCCUGUUUGCAUUUUGAAAGCUACUUAGCUGCAUUGUUUUAUUUCCUUUUAAUGUGCUUCACAGCUACCUCAAUGACAGUUUUCAAAUUCCUUUAUGUCUUCUUGUUAUGCAGUACAUUCCUCAAGUAAUUGGAAAUGUAAUUUAUGAGCUUCAUGAAACAUACCCAGAUUAUAGAGAAGUCUUUAACUUUGUAAGCUUACUUGUUAAAACUGAAAUUUUCUAUAACACUAACUUGAAACAGUGCAUAAGUUUAGAACAGAAUUAAAAUCAGUCUUAAUUUUACCACAUUUGAUAUGCAAUUCACUUUACAGUAUGCCAGUUUAUAGUUUAUCUGUUUGUCAGUUAAAAUUUUGUUUUGUAUUUCCUCAUGAAGCUUUAAAAGUGGCAGUUGCUUAUUACUUAAUAACAUAAGGUGUUUUACUUUUGCAACUUGUCCAUUCAUACAUAUUUGUACAGCAAGGUUCAUGAAAACAAAAAAAUAAUUUGCCUGCUUCAAAGUGGAUUAUCCGUUGCCUGUCAGUUUUGAAGAUUUCAGACAGCCUCAGUCUCUGGAAACCUGAACAAGGGAUCUUAUAAUUUCCUUCAAAAUGUCCAUUUCUAAAAGUAGCAAUAUUUAUUGCAGAAACUUGCUACUUGUAACUUUUAACCUUACUUUGAUUUUAUUCUUGUGUCCAUUAACUUAGUAAUUAAUCUACCAUUACAUUCUUUUAAAUAGUUGCAGCUAAAGAUAUGAAGAAGAAAAAACAGAAACAUCGUUUGAAGGAAAUAGAAAAGCGAUCCUCCGAGAAGGGAAUGGAUCUGAUGGAAGCUUACACAGAAAAGCCGGCCCAGGAGGAGGUAUAUUGUUGUCAUGAAAAAAGAAAUUCUCUUGUUGUGUCUCCAGUGAUUGAUCUCUACCCAGGGUUCAUGCUGAGUAUUGAAUUCCUGAGAAAAAAAAGUGUUGAAAUUUGCAAACUGGUGUUCCAGAUGUGGAUAAACUGUGUCCAGAAAAUAAAGACAAAUUCUGGAAAAACUAUAAUAGUUUGGAUUUUUCUCUUUCUUUUUUCAAAAAUUCUACAAGUGCUUUAUUGUGAAGUGAAUGUUUUAAUCGUGUUGAUCUGUAGCAAAAACAUUCAGUCACAAAGUGAAAAUUUUCAGAACUCUCUGAUGUCCUGUAUUGUAAUGUGAUUAAUGUACAUCAGUGGUACAUCACGAGUAAAGUUUGGUUCCUGCAUUUGUCGAGGGUACUAUCCAAUUGCUUCUCUGAAAAUGCUAAGCCUGGCAAAAGAAUUAUGUAUUGUGUUGGAAAAAUUCUUGAAGUAAUUUUACAUCUAAAAAUCUUUUUCAUUGUGGUGAAAAGCUCUGUUGGAAGCUAUUUGGGAUGUUCUUUGGUCACUAUGCAGCCAAAAAAGAAACAAAACUGUCCAAAAGGUUCUUUAACUCCUGUUCCUGAUCCUUAUUUAGAGCUUUAGAACAGACUGGUUUUUCUUGCUGGGAAUUAAUUUUAGCGAUUUUCAGAAAGUACCCAGUUCCCAGCAUUGAUAAUAUUUUCGUUUUUGUUAAGUACAUGCAAUAGAAAUAAUAUUUUUAAACAAUACUACGGUAUCCGUAUCCUAUUUAAUUUAACAGACACAGUUUCCUAGUACUACAUUUUUGUAUAGCGAAUUUAAGUUAGAGAAAAUUUACUCUGGAGUAAAUUUUUGCGGGAAAAAUGGUUGCGGUAAUUUUUAUUUGUGGGAACUUAUUUUUGUGGAUCACUGGAAAAAUCUCGAAAAUUAGAACCCGCAAAAAUUUCAUGCCACACGGUAUUCUAAGGGUCCCCCAUUAUCAUUAAUAGAAAGUACGAGUGGCACAAGAUUUUCAUGGGAAUAUUCUGGUCAACUCUCCGUUUUUUCUGUGUUCUCUACUCAUUAGACUGAAUUCUGCUCACUCUGACAUGUUUUGAUAUAUCCCUUCCCCCUGUUUAAGGUUGGUGUCAGAGUUGUCUAUGACUAUAAAAACUGAUCCUGUCUCAAACAAUACAUGGGAAGUGGAUCCUUAGAGGUAGUUGAGGUUUGAAUGGGUCAAAGAAAAAUGUGUUAAACAGAUUUUAUUUGCCUUAAAUUUAGCAGCUUCUGUCCACCUUGAGCUGAGCUUAACUCAAAGUUGGUUGGUGCUCUCCCUUACAAGCUCAUGUUUUGUUGGUGAAUUUGAAAACUUUAAAAACCUGGGUUGAGUUGCAAAAAACAUCUUAAGAUUAAUGGCACCCGUGACUGUUAUUUCAAAUUAAUAGGUCAUUGUUUCAGAACAAAAACUAGGAGCCCUCUUUUAAGAAGGUUUUUAUGCAACCCGGCCGUGGACUACAUAAUUAUGAUUAAAAUCAAUGAAUCUAGGAAGGAAUGAGAUUAUUUUGAGUGAUUUAUGUUUUGAUUGGGAUAGGUGCCUGGUGGAACUGAAGAGCCAGCUACUGAAGAAACAACACAGACACCUCGAGAAGAAGCAGGUGAAGAGGAGCAGUCUGAAGAGGAGACAUGGGAAGAUAAAGAAGGUAGUAAAACAUUAUUAAAAUGACAUUCAUAGGAAUCCAUCAUGACCCUGAGCAUUCAUUUAUAAUUAAGACUUGAAUAUCUUCUAAAGCCUUCAGCCAAUCAGGAAAGAGGGUGAUUUCCAGAAACGGCAGAUGAAAUCAGCAAACUUAAUUGUUGAGUAAAAAGAGUUUAACUAAUGGUAGAAGCUCGAGGUGUUUGUGAUGCUCUGAGUGCUCUGAGGUGAUAGGCUCCUCACCUGACGAAUCCCCUCAAACUACAUUAAAGUACCCAAGUGGAUCUGUGAGUCGUGGUGUGCAAAGAAAGUAGUGUCUGAUAGCCUGGGACUUGUGGAUUUUGCUGCUGGGCUAGUGAAUUCUGUUCUUAUGGUACCACUCAAAAGUUAGUUAACAGUCACUUUCGUCUUAAACCUCGAGACUCAAGACUCGAUUCUCGAUUCUCAAAACUUUGGAGGAUGGAGUCUAAUGUCUCGAGGAUCGAGUUUUGAGUUUCAAAUUUUGAGUCGAGAAAUAUUAUGAACUUUUCGUGGGAACGCACUCUUAAAAAGUGUACACUUACCUUUCAUUCUAAAAAUGACUUCUCCGUACAUUGGGUGGGACUAGUAUGCUUUUGUAUAAUCGAAUUUUGCGCUGUGAAAGCUAAAAUGUUCGCGUAUGGUCUCCUUUUGAAACGUGCUUUUUAGAAUUGAAGGCAUAUGUGAGAUUCAUGUAAUAGGUGUGAAAAUUGAGCCUCUGUUUGAAAGUAACCAUAACAAAAUAACUCAUUCAAGAAACAACAGUAGUAAUAUCGCUUGUGCAAUGUCCAGCCAUAAUUCUUUUUGACUUUCCAUUGUUUGUAUUUCAGAUUAGUGGUUAAAAAUGAGCCUCCAUUUGAAAGUAAACAAUAAUGAAAUGAUUAGUGGAAGAAACAACCGUAUGUAUCAAUAUUGGUCAUGCAAUGUAUGGGCACAAUAAUUCUUUUUUACUUUCCAUCAUUCGUACAUCAGAACAGCAAUGAAAAAUGAGCCUGUGUUUGAAAGUAAACAACAGCUAAACGACUUGUUGGGAGAAACAAAAGUGAAGGAGUUUGAAACUUUAAUAAUACUCAAAUGAUCGUGUGUUAAAAUGUCGCUUCAACAAACAAAGUUUUUGUUGACAUCAGCUAGAUUUGCAUAACAGCAAGUUUUAUAAUUCACGGAAUCGCUGAGCCUUCUUUUUCAAUCGAACAUGGGGAAUGAAAGGUUACAUGGAUGAAAUUAUUCUAAGCCGCAUGGCAGGGGUAUUUUUGCAGAACUCUGAAUGGCUCUUAAGUUUGGUGAUUAGGGUUGGCAAACUGAGUGAAUCAAGUUUCAGGUCAGUUUUUAGCCUGACAAAACAGCCAACAUUUCAAGAUGCCACCACUGGUUGCCCUGGUCUGGGUAGUGACACGUCAUCAGAAUGGAAUUUCUGCAGUCGUUUCUCAGACGUCAUUUCGUGGGGAAACCAAUGGUGGUGUCACAAAAUGUCAGCUGUUUUCUCAGGCUAGUCUGUUUUCCCAUUUAAAUGACCCCAAGUAGAACCUGAUUCUCUCAGUUUCCUAGCCCCAAUCAUUAAACUCAGAGACAUUCGGCGUUCUGCAAAAUACCCCUGCCUGCAUUUUCUUGAAAGAGUUUGAGACUUGACCAAUGGCAAACUUAACUACUCAAAUGCUCAUAAAAAUGUCGCUUUUAAUAACUAAUAAAGGUUUUCUUGAAUUUAUUGUGCGACUUGAUCAAGAUUUACAUACGGUAAAAGCAUGACAAGCCACAGAUUCACGGGGCCGUGUUUUCGAAUGAGCUUGGCAAGUGAUUGUUUGAAGCUUGACUAGCAAAUUUACCGACGGAAAUGCACUUGAAAAUUUCACUUUUUAAAAUAAACAUAGUUUUCCAUGACAUUUAACAUUGUGUAACGUUAUCUUCAUUUACCAUACACUAAAAGCAACAAGCCAUGGAAUUGCCGAGUUUAAGAAUGAACUUGGCGAGUGAAAGGCUACACAUUACAUGUGCCAAAUCACUAUAAGCCACAUUUACACGAAAGAGUUUGAAGCUUGACUAAUAGCAAAUUUACCACCUCAAAUGCUUUUCUCAAACUUGUUAAUAGUUCAUAAAGAAAAUACAAAGGAAGUUAAGGUUUAAUUAGUGUUUGGAAAUCAUUUUUGCAUCCUUAAUUUCUCCUUCUAAAAUCGUUUUUUUUUAGAAGUACGAUCAAGCAUUUUGACACACUCAAAGUUUGUCAAAAAUACUCCGCUGUGCUUCAACUCUCUUCUCAGUGUUUCAUUUGUUGAUGAAACACUGCAUCUCAUUCUUGAUAUAUUAUGUGAAAAUGCAGUUUUUUAAAACAAACAUAAAUCUUCGAAAUUGAAAAUAUCAAUUUACGCUUAUUGAAAGCUUGCUAAAGCUGGCAAUUCAAACGGUUACAAAACGCAGCACCGCAAACACUGAUCAUCUGUGCGGAUUUCUGAAUGGCUACGUGGCUGUACAACAUCAUUGUUUCAGAAAACAAAAAUAAUUUCACAUAGAAACCUUGCUUCUCGAAACUUGAAGCGUUUGAGCUAGGAUUGAGUGGAGACUGUCAACUUACUUAUGAGCAGUACUGUAACUUGCCUGAUGGGAAAGUGAAGUUUUUUGGGAAAUUCAAUUUACAGAAGAACUGAAGUCAAUCCUGCUAAUCAAAAAAAAUUUAAUUUUUUUUGGCUAGUUGAAAUGGCUUUUGAGCUGGUACAUGCAACCUACAGCUUGCCCACAACUGACAAGCUAUAAGACUGACUUUCUUUGCACCCUGGAUUCUGUCUGAAAGUGUCAGCUUGGAAUGAUAAUUUCCAGGCAGAAAGUAUUUCAAACUGAAGACCACAAGAUGAGUGACACAAUUACAGGGUUUGCAAAUUUUAUUGAUGAGUGGAGUCACGGUGACUUCUGCCUUCAAAUUUUGGAGUCAUUUUAGAAUAUUUGGAGUGAAGUAUCCCAACGAAAAAAGCCAUUUUUAGACUUUCCAGCACGUGGUCAUGGCGUGUAUACACUAUCGUGAGGGAUACACGAAGUAGCUGUGGCGGUCCGCUGACCUGAAAAGCUCAAAUCCAUGAUGGCGGUCAUCGAGUAAACUUUGAUCGUAAUUUACCCUCUUCCUGUUUUGUUGUGCAGUAUAAUUCUUUAAUUCUGAUGGUGUAAUUAAGGUUUACAAUGUUUACAAUUAACGUAAAUUGUACAUGUUGCGAAAAAGGUAAGGACAACACUGUUUUUUGUUACCGAAAAUUUCUGGAGUCAAAGUGACUCCCUCCAUAACCCCUGUGGAGUCAUCUGAACAAUUUUGGCAUAAAAUACGCAACAUUUGGUGUAUUUGCGAACCCUGCACAAUCAAUCAAUUUAUCUAAGUGCAUGUUUGCUUGCUUGAGUUACUCCCCUCACGUACUGUAAUGUUUAAAUCAAGUAGUUACCCUGUAUCUGGCACAGCAUUUAAGUACCAGUAAUCUUGUACAUUUUGUUAUAAUCUAUAACUUAUUAUAGACAGUACCUUAGAACUAUAGAUUAUUCCCUUUGGCCAGUAAGUAAUAUUCAAGUGGGGGCGAGUGAGAACAGAAAUUUACUCGCCCGCUGGGCAAGUGGAUUUAAAAUUUCCUGUCCUGCCAUCUUUGUAAUAGCAAAUUCUCAUUAUAAGCACUCCUUGAAAAGUUAUUUGGAGAACUUUCAUGUUUAUAGUAGGGUCUAAAGGGGUUAGUGGAGUUGGGGAAAUUAUUAUAACAAAUUCUGGGCUUGUUUGAUUACAUUUUUCAUUUCUUUCCUGUAGAAUCUUGGUCCCCUGAAAUUGAUGGGGAAACUGAAGCAUCACGCCCAGACGGAGGAAAGCUCACAUAUGAGCGAGAUUUCCUGCUACAAUUCCAGACCAAUCCUUUAUGCCAGAUAAAACCAGAGGGGCUACCAGAUUUAGAAGUUGUCCUUGGUCAAGCCCGAACCCCUUCAAAGUCAGGCUUUUCACAAAACAGGUAGUAAAACCAGAUGUUCUACUCAGUUUGUUGCAUUUCCAAAGUGUUCAUAAAUCAUUUGAAAAUUAAAGUUAAGAUAAAGUGAAAGUAUAUUUUGAGUAUUUUGUGAUGCGAACUUUUCUGUGGUAGGAUGCAAAAAUCUGAUGGUGGUGAAAACAUGUUCCUCCCUUCAUUUAUGCGCCAGCAGUCAAGGGUAAGUUGCUUUUAUUAUUGGGAGUACAAUAUUGUGUGAAAUACUUGCUUUCGGUCCCCUCUGAGAUUUGCUUGCUUACAUUGGCUAGUUUUUAUAAUGCAAGAGGUGGUAGCAAAAGGUCUCAAUCUCAAAUUCAAAUGGCUAAUUAUUUAAAACAUACUUUACUUUGUACAGUGAGGUCUAUAUCAGUAAGUGCUCUGUUACUCAAUAUUAAACACUUUUUUUGAAGAAAAUUCUCAGUCCCAGCUACCUUAUUUUCCAGUGUACAAGUUGAACUAGUGUGCAUUUAUAAGUCAACCCUUCUUUCGGAGCCUGUGAAUGAAGAUUUUUGUUUAUUUUGGAAGUCCAUCCUAAGUUACUUCAGUGCCCCUAUUGAAGCAGAGCAGGUCAACCAUCUGCCUAAGUCUCUUUGUAUUAUUGUUCAUCCUUAACAUGUAUUGCAUAUCAGUCAGUCUUCUGCUGUCACAGUUACUUACCUCGAUACUUAACCAAGACUAGAUUAAGUGGUAGGGCACUUGAAAUGAAAUGAGAACCACAAAGCAAUAAAACAAACUAGCCCCCUUCCGUUUACAAGCAAUAAUAUGAUUAGAAACUCAGUCUUUUAUUCCACCUUGUUAACUUUGCUUAGAGGCCCAAACUAAAAAAAACUCUCUUUGAUUUUAGAAUAACCAGUCUGGUUCAAGAGGUGGACGCAAAAUGCAUACUCAACCCAAGAAAGUGAUUGAUUUUCCAAGUGUACAACCUCAGGUUGAGGUAAAUAUGCAGUAAUUUCCUUAAUGUGAAGGAUAAUGAAGGAGUGCCCUAGCUUGUCUUACAAUGUGGUGGUGGAUGUUUGGGAAUUAAAGGUUUUUGAUUUAUUUAUUCACCUAAUUUUCAAAUGCUUAAACAGUGAUUAAUACUGAAUUCUUUGAUGUGAAUAGUUGAAGAGAACAGAAAAUAGAUGGGUGAGACAAGGUGAAAUUGCAAAAACUGGAAGUGAAGAGGAACAGAGAACAGAGGUAAUUUUUAUCUUGAAAUCUCAUUAUGUAGAAUGUGUCUUGGGACUCUAGCGGAGUAUACAGCUGCUCAAUCUCUGUCAUUUUUUCUAGGAUUUGUUCCGCAAAGUUAGAAGUAUUCUAAACAAACUGACACCUCAGAAGUUCCAGACUUUGACCCAGCAGAUUAUUGACCUGGAUAUUGACACUCCAGAGAGAUUGGAAGGUGCCAUUGACCUAAUUUUUGAAAAGGUUUGUACCAGGGGAGUAAACACAGCAUGGACAUGAAAAUAUGUCAAGACUCAAAAAAGUUGUUCAGCAUUUGUGUGCGUGGGUGCCAUAGUAUUCUUUUGAAGGAAAUAGUUUAAUGUAUGCUUUAAAGUUUGAAGUCAAGUACUGGAAUUGAUUCUAGAAACUGCUCUUGUUAAUAAUUUCUGUCUUUGAUUCUUUGUGCAGUUCCAGGACAUAUCCAAACUCCAACACCAAGGAGUUGUAUUUUCUGUCAGGAGUACUCAGUAGGGUCAGGAAAAGAUCUAUUGAGGAUCGUCAGCUCAGAUUGUAGCUCUUCCUCUUUUCUUUUUCCCAAGUCCCUAUAACGUGCAUCUUCUGUUAAUAUUUGGGUUGGGAACAUUGAUUGAGUCCUUCACCUAUUGUUUUGUGGACCAGAGACAGCCCUAGCUUGCUGCAAAUGGUGCAAGGCUUCCUCCACUCAAAUUGGACAUUGGAUAAUUUCUUUGUGCUGCACAUUACGGCAUUUUCAAAUUAUGCCAUUUGGCUACAACUACCAGAUUUCAAUCUAUUUUUCUCUUUCUUUUUAACAAUUAGUUAUCCCACAGGUGGCCCAAACUCACGUUACGAGGGGAGGGUGUAAUGUAAUUUACAUACCAUAGGUGACGCGCUAGUGUCGCGUUGCAGGUGACCGUUGAAUUUGUAUGAGAAAUAUAUUACGGAGAUCUGCGAACGCUAAAUAACGCUAAACCUUACUUUUUCUUGAAUGAAAUGAAUAAAAAAGACUUACGGCUUGGCGCACGCUAAUGGUGUACACGGCUAAGAAUCUCACAUCGUUUGGCUCUUAUGAACUUAUUAAAACUCAGAUCGCAUCGAUAUUUGGCAAGAAGUUAAAGUUUAUAAACAGCUUUUCAUUGAAUAUUUUUUUUCUGGCUGUAAGACCAAAAUAAAAUUAAAAUAUGAAAAAUAGGGCUCAAAAUGGGACCAUUUUUUAACAGCUCGCGUAACAUUUACAGUCUAACCAUGCAUAUUGUGGGAUUUCUCUAUUUCUGUUAAUGGUACUGUGGAAAAAUUUCUCCACAGAGGUCAGUGACUUAUGAGUACUAACUGUAUGAAAAAUCACUGAACAUAAUGGCAAAACAACAAAGUUUAGGGCGUUUUCAGAAAGAUGUUCUGUCUACAUUCGAUCUCUGUGCAGUGCGAACGUCAAUUUAAAAGGUUGCUUUUGAUUGACUUUCUUUUGUUGUUAAGAGAAGAAAUAAUAAUUUUUGGAAUGCUCAUAAGUUAAACCUUCCUUAUAGACUAACUGUUAAGACUUCGGGAAACCCAUUUUUAUGCUAAGAUCAAAUAUCUAAGGUUAGACAGCAUUUUUUAACGUGAAAGUUCGUAAACCGUGCAUUGGACUGAAAAUCGGAUUCUAGAGUGUGCUUUGGCACAAAGAUUUUGUGCCUAAAAUGUGCCUAAGAUGUGCAUAAAGUGUGCAUUUUAGUUUUGAAAAACGUGCCUAAGCCGUGCCUAAGUUGUGCUCAAACCGUGCCUAAUCUGUGCACAAGUUGUGCCAAACUAUUGAGUCACUCGGAAAAUCGUGUCCAGCCGAGCUCCACAGCGAAAGAAAAGUGCGCACGGCAAUUAUGUCAGUUUUAAGAUUUACGAAGUCUAGAAACACGGUCUGACGACCUUUUUAUCCCCUAAGAAGAAAUAACAUGACUCAGAAUACGGUUAGAGACAGCAGGGAAAGCCCCGACAAACAGGAAAAUGGAAUCUUAAACAGGUUAGCGUAUUUAAAAUAAGUGCUCAGCUCAAUUACGUGUUGAUAUAAUUUCAUCGAUUCAAGAAUUUCACUGAUGUUAAAAAAUUUCCAAGUGGGCUUCUUCUCCCCGUCUUAACAGAGCGUUUAGUUGGAACGAAAUAUUUGCUUUUUCAGGAGGGCAGAUUUGCAUUCAAAAAAAGAAUUUACUUGUGAUAUGACUUACAAAAUGAAAACGAAAAAAUUGAUUGCUCGCCGAUGAGUUUUGAAGCAAAAUUGGCACGAUCGAUUAUUAUACGAUCAAAGCUUAAUUUGCUAACAGAGCCAGAAAACAAAAACAAACAAGCAGCUUGAAUUAUUUUACUACUAAGUGUAAAUUCUACUUUUUUAGUUAGAGAAAUAUUUUUAAAAAGCAGCCGCAUUUUGUACCAAAAAACAACACGCGUUGGCAUGAAGGUUUCAAAUUACCACUUUUCAUGUUGUUAUGCAAAUUCAGGCCAAUUUUACCGCGAUCGCAAAAAGGAUUUUCUACGACUUUUAUUGGCUAUUUUUGUGCCUUACUUCUUUAGCUUUGUUUUUGUUAUUAUGGCUUCGACUUUCUUUCACGAUUUCUUUUAGAAACGAAAGAAAGCCAGUCUAUAAAAUUGCAUGGCAAUCGAAAAGGUUCAGACUGCACAUAUCGGGUGUGAAUUUCCACUUUAUCCUCGGAGUGAACACAGACUGUCGAAGAAUACUUUCGCCGACUUUCGGCGCGGCCCAAAACUUACACUUCCUAUACUUCUAACUGCAUCAUGUUUGAUCUGAAUUAUUUUUGUAAUUGUACCAAGUUUGUUCUUUUUGCAAGUCGGGUUACAAAGAUUUUCAAAAAAAGUGCCCAGCGUUGAAUAUUUGUGCCUAAACCGUGCAAAACUGUGCCCAAACUGUGCCUAAAAUGUGCCUUAGCAAUAUUUAAAAGCGGCCUUAACUGUGCCUAAAAGUGUGCCUAAUCUGUGCCUUUACAUGUUUUUUUCCCGUGCUUUGGCACAAAAAAACGUGCCUUCAUAAGGCACGGUGUUACGCCCAAGAGGGAAAGCCUCUUCAAUUCCACUGCAUUUUGGUGUUUGAUUGUCGUUUACUGGUUUUUUGCCUUUAUUGCAUAACCACUGUUACUCCUUUCAUAGAAAAAAUCUGUCAGGGUCCUGGACCAGUCACAACAAGAAUCCAUUUUUUUUGCUGAAAUUCAAAUCCGCUGCAAAUUUUUUCAAUUGAGCCAUUUGUUCCUGGAGAUCGGCUGGAUUCACAAUUUCCCCAUUAAAUCGAGCCAUUUGUGCUGGACUUCGGUGACCACUGUUGUGCCUGACCAACUUGUUUACCAAAAUUUGCAUUACACAAUUAGCACUUACACAAUGGGUGCAAGCACUCCUUUUUCACACUGCAAGAGCCUAGUUGACGUGUCAUUUCUGACCAGGCAGCCGUCGUGUAAAUGCUAAUUGUCAUAAUUCAAAUUAGUUGGUAGGCUCAACACUGGUGAUUUGAAUUUCGGCAAAAAAAAACGGCAUUCUUGUUGCAACUGGUCCAGGACCCCGACAGAUUGAAGUGACCAGCCUUCACUUCGUUCUGUGAAAGGAGUAACAGUGGUUAUGCAAUAAAUCCAAAAAAACCAGUAAACGACAAUCAAACACCAAAAUGCAGUGGAAUACAUUGCAGGUAAGUCUUUUUUAUUCAUUUCAUUUAAGAAAAAGUAAGGUUUAGCCUUAUUUAGCGUUCGCAGAUCUCCGUAAUAUAUUUCUCAUACAAAGACUCUUAUAUUUUCAAUGGUCGCCUGUAACGUGACACCGGCGCGUCACCUAUGGUAUGUAAAUUACAUUACACCCUCCCCUCGUAACGUGAGUUUGGGCCACCUGUGGUUAUCCCAGUGAAGCUUGAAUUUUACUGGUCAGGAGCUAAUUUUCACAAAUCUUGCAGCAUUCUUGUAGUUGCACCCAAAUUACUGUAUUGAUUAUACAGUAUUGAAACCCAAUGGAAUCCCAAGUCGUAUUCCACAAAUUGGGUGGUUUUGGAUCAGGUUUGAGUGUUUAAGCUGUCUUGCUGUGGAUACAGUUUUGAAGUGACAUUUUUGUUGUUGUUGUUGCAGGCUAUUGAUGAAGCUGCAUUCAGUGUGGCUUAUGCCAAUAUGUGCAGGUGCCUUGUUCCUGUAAGUAAAAAAACAGUGUGUGAUGUCUCUUUGAAAAUCAGUUUCUACUCGUAUCUCCUGUUUCAUUGCCAUUUCACAUUGCAUUCACAGCAAUGUUGAUUCUGUUGUUUCAUUGGGCUUAUAACUCUUUCUCGCACGGAGCCUUGAGCUGUUGCACUAAGAACAGUUUUGUCGUUUUCACGUUUUCUUUGCAGAAAAAAGUGGUGGUGGAGAAGGAGGGGGUAAAGAAAGAUAUAUCCUUCCGCAAGAUUCUGCUAAACAGAUGUCAGAAAGAGUUUGAGAAAGAAAAAUCUGUUGAGAAGAGAAUUCAUGAGAAACUGGAGCACCUUUCAAAAGAAGGACUCACUGUAAGCAAAUACCACUUUUAGGCUGGAUUCUGUUAUGAAAAUUAGUGUCUUGAUUGAUUAUUUUGUUAACUAACACUCAAACUGGUUCUGCAUUUAACUAAAAGUACAGAUAUGGUAUUCAAUGUAAUAAUCAUACAUUCAGUAUAAUGCGCAUACAUUUAUUUUAUUAACAUAAUAAUGUGAGAAGACGAAAAAGCCACAUGCAGUUGUCAUGACAAAGUCAUGACAAGCUUUAACAUGCUUCUCUAAUUUGAGUGGGAAUUAAGACUGGGGAGUAUGGAUACAGAUUGGUAAGGGAAACUUGAAAUAACUAGUUUGACUAGAGAUAAGACAAUUGUGUGUAAUUUAGAGAAAAAGUGAUUUUUGUAGAUCACAGUGUCCCCAUCUUGAUCUUUGAAUUAUUUAAAGCAUACAUGGCUUUCUGUGCACAAUCCUGUACCAUUUUAGAUUCCAACAUUCAGGCAUUUUAAACUCAAAACUUGUGUUUACUUUUCUUAGGAAGAGGAACUGGAGGCAAAGAAGAAGGAACUUCAGAAUGAGGAGCAUCUGGCCAAGCGAAGAACGCUGGGAAACAUUCGUUUUAUUGGUGAACUCUUUAAACUGAAGGUAUUCUAUCAAGGUUUACUGUACCAUCGGUCAAUGCUUCACUGUUGAACAAAAACUUUAUGUCAUUUAUUUUACCCGAGUUGGUGGCAACAGCUAAAAUAAAUUUUGGAUCAGUCACGUCUCUCUUUGACGUGAAUGCACUAGCCUAUGUGGAACAUGAAAUAAUAGUUUCUUAUUUAUCAAAAUUAUUUUAUUAGCUGCAAUUUUUCAAAUUGCAAGGAUCCAAGUGUAGUUUAACAGAUUUUUCGAAUUGUCGUCUCAUGUGUUGCGUAUCACACCUAAGCAUGAAGUGCUUUUCUACUUCACAUCUUAAAGCUUUCUGCAGUCAGCAGAGGUAAAAAAACAGUAGUACAUGGCAGAAAUCCCUGAAACCCAAUAUUCAUCAUUACCAAGUAUGUACUUUCACAUGCUUCAAAUGGUCAGUCACUCUUGAUGCUUUUUUAUAAUAUUGUUUAUGUUAUUAUAGCUAUUGUAUUGCUGAAUGCAAUUCCUAAUUCAGGCUUCUGUCAAUUUGGCGUGAGUUUACUUUAUUGAAAUUAAUACUUUUUCUCCUAUUUUCCACCCAAUAUAUGCAUAAUGUAAACUGUCAUGAAAAGCACAAUUCCUGGGUUAGAAAUGUUGUCAAUGACCGUUACCAUUAGUUGGUUGUUAUUUUGAGCCUUGUUGGAAUAAUUGUGUUGUUUGCAGAUGUUGACAGAGAGCAUCAUGCAUGAUUGUGUCGUUAAACUGCUGAAGAGUAAUGAUGAAGAAUCCUUUGAGUGCUUGUGCAAGUUGCUUUUUACUAUUGGAAAAGAUCUUGAUCAUGCCAAGGCUAAGGUAUGAACAGCGCAUACAGCUGUAGCCACCCUCUGGAAUCAAUAAUAAUGCUCAGGGUUCGCAAAUACACCAAAUUUGGCGUAUUUUAUGCCAAAAUUGUUCAGAUGACUCCACUGAGGUUACUGAGGGAGUCACUUUGACUCCAGAAAUUUUCGCUCACAAACACAGUUUUGACUUGUCCUUACUUUUUUUGUAACAAAUACAAUUUAUGUUAAUUGUAGACGUUGUAAACCUUAAUUAAAUCAUCAGAAUUAAAGAAUUAUACUGUACGACAAAACAGGAAGAGGGUAAAUUACAAUCAAAGUUUACUCCAUGACCACCAUCAUGGAUUUAAGCUUUUCAGGUCAACGGACCACCACAGCUACUUCGUGUAUCCCUCACGAUAGUGUAUACAUGCCAGGACCACAUGUGGAAAGUCUGCAUUCUCACAUGUUGUUGUUUGUUAUAUUAUUAAUUUAAUGUAUAUUGCACCAAGUCAGUAGACAUUAUAAUAGUGUAAUAGUGUGAGAAACUUGUUUAGGAAUAUUAAAUAAAACUGCUUUUUUCGUUGUGAUACUUGACUCCAAAUAUUCCAAAAUGACUCCCAAAAUUUUUAAAGCAGAAGUCACACUGACUCCACUCAUCAAUAAAAUUUGCAAACCCUGAAUGCUUAAAUUAAUAAGAAUGCUAAUUCUGAAAAUAAUAAGAAAAAUGGAUUGGUAUUGUUAUGCCUAUAAAGAGGAAAAGUGAUAAGCUUUGUACUCUAAAUCCUAUGAUUCAAUGUGAUAGUGGCUCGCUAUCCCUGGAAGGUGGGCUAACACAGGGGUUUCUUUUUUCAAUGCCUGACUCUUACAAUAAUGGCAAAAGAAAAGGUGUCAAAGAGAUUCACUUGAGAGGGGUCGUAAUUUUAACAAGCCUGCUUAUUAAGUUUUGUUUAUAUCUCUUUAUUUUUAAUUUAUUAUUAUUAUUAUUAUUAUGUUUAUUAUUAUUAAUUUUUAUAAUUUCCAGCCAAGGGUUGAUCAGUAUUUUACACAAAUCAACAAAAUAAUUCAAGCAAGGAUAACGUCAUCACGUGUAAGAUUCAUGAUGCAAGAUGUUGUGGACUUGCGAAAUAAUGGUUGGGUACCUCGCAGAGAGGACAACAAUCCAAAGACUAUUGAUCAGAUCCACAAAGAAGCUGCUGAUGAGGCUAAAAAGGCUCAGUUGAGGAUUCAGAUGGACAAACAACAAGACAAGAAAAUGCCAAGAGGUAAGUUUGCUAAUAGUGGGGUGGAUAUAGGCAGAAUUUGUGUCCCAUUGUGCACUUUUAGGUUAAAAGCAUCAUAUUCGGAAAAAUAUUUCCUUUGUUACAUUGAUUAUUCUGUGAUAUGGAGCGAGCCAUCACGGAUUUUGGUGCUGGCGCGAGUUAUGGUGAUUUUAUUUAACGACAGCCAUUUUGACUGGAAGUGAAAUGAUAAUUCACAGUUGAAUUUCUUUGAUUUUUAUUAACUAUUAAGUUCAAAAAUCUGUUCGUUUUAUUCUUACUUGCAAAGAUUAAGAGGAUACAUUGUUGAAAUAAAGUGGAUAGCAUUUAUGGAAUUUGAGAAUUUUAGCACUUUGCUUUAACUCCGUUGUAGACUGGAAGUGCUACACAUUUAUGCCGGAAUUGCCAAGAGAAUGAUGCAAAAAAUAAAGCAGUUGAUUACUGCAAAACAAUGAGCGUUGUAAUAGUAAAACAAAAUUGAAAAUAGAUAUAGUUAUUGUUUAGGAGCCAUAAUUUCUGUAUCAAGGUUAUUAACACUUAAACAAUAAAUCACUACAAAUCACUAUGUUCUUCAGGGAACAUUGGUGGACGGGACAGUCCACGACCCUCUAUCCCUCAGGCUGAUGAAACCUGGACGACAGUGGGCAGAGGACCAAGAAAUGUAAACGUCAGUGUGGAUCCUAAAAAGUUCCAAAACAUCAAGGUGCAUAUCAUUCCUUUUAAUAGUUAACAUUUAACAGGACAGUUAGCAAUGAAGUAAAAUGAAACGCACAUGCUGGAUAUAACACAACUGAGAAAAUUUCUUUAGGUCCUCAAAGUCUGGGAUUGUAGGGGUCCCAUUGGCUACUUUUUCCUGUAUGCCAUACCUUUUAUCAUUUUUUCCAGCUAAAUCUGUCUAAUAUUGAACUCUUUUAAACCCUUACAUCAAUAAGCGCAUUCUCCACACUUUUCUCCAUACAUUUUCUGUGAUAAUGAUGAGGAAAAAUUCUUUAACAAUCAAGGCUUCUUUCAUUUGUCAAUCAUUUUCUUUUUUCUUGCAACCUUCAUGUUUGAUGGUACAUUGUUACUUAUAAGGAGAAAUUGAAUGUAGGUCUCUUUUAGAGGUUAAGGAAGUGCCUGGUAUUACAGUCAAACCAGGUCAAGCGUUCCCGUCGCUAACGAACUAAUGAAUUCAUUCACGGAAAAAUGAUUUCGUUUGUUGAUUCAAUAAUCCAUUCAUAAAAUGAACAAUCCAAUAGUCAUAUUUAGCCUCGAUUCCAUAAUCGAAUGUUGAUUCGAUUACUGUUUUUUGAAAAAUUACACUUUCCACAAGUUGACCUCAGAAUUUUGUUUUUUCCUCUUUUUUUUCUGAGAGUCGAGUGCUGGCGAGUUCUGAAGUUCAAACCCAAACAAACUGUUACAUGUACGCCAGUUUGCUGCCAAUAAUCAGUGCAACAGACCUAGGCCUGACCUCUUAGAAAACACGACGGUCAAACUGAGGUCAGUGUAUGUGCAGUGAUUGGUGGAUUUCGAUCCUCUGCCUUUGUCAGUUUCUUUGCGUUUGCGGUCUGUCUAUUCUAGCUGUUAUUUUGAUUAAAGGCAAUGAAAAACGCAAUCGUAAACGGCAGGAAAAGGGAAGCAAAUACGAUUGAACACAACAGACAAGAAUAAAGAACAGGUAGAUUUUAUCAUAAACCAAAUCAACAUUUGAUUAUUGAAUCGAGGUACAAUUUGACCGUUGGAUUAUUCAUUUUAUGAAUGGAUUAUUGAAUCAACAAACGAAAUCAUUUUUCCAUUAAUGAAUUCAUUAGUUUGUUAGCGACGGGAACGCUUGACCUGGUUUGACUGUAAGUCCCAAUCAACUGCUUAGCAUUUUGACAUUAUGAUAAGUCACCAGGAGUUAUUCCACUGACCAUUUGAAAAUACCCUUCAGCACAUUUUGCCAUCAAAGGAAUGUUCGGAAAAAGUCUGUGAUCACUGUGUCACUGCAAUUUUGAGAUAAUUAGAUAAGCUGCUAGCAAAGCUUAUUCUUCACUGUCACUCCAUCAAAAAUAAAAAUGCACACCAGUCAAUACAGAAAGUUCAGAAUCUGGGAAGUGAAAGAAGAUAAAUAUACGAAAAAUCUUGCUAAGAAUCAGGUCUGUGCAGUAAUUCUUAUGCGAGAUAUUUGGAAAAAGGUUUUAUCUAAUUUUAUAUGGCUUUGCAUGGAGAUGCCAUGUUAGUGUCCCAUUGAGGGGCACAAAUAUGGCCACUGAAAACCAGCAGAAACAUCUGUUUUUGAGUUUUUCUACUUAUGCAUGAAUUCAUUGCUUGAGGAACUCAUAAAGAUUAAAGUAAUAUUUAUUCGAAUGUUAAGAUAGCAAAAUCUCAAAAAAUCAGUGACGUCUUGAACCUACCGGUAGGUAAGAGCUUUCCUGGCCUCCAGCUAAAUGCCGCAUCACACAAAAGCUUGGAAAUUCAAGCGUCUUCUAUCACAAAACGAAGAACACUUUGGAACCGAAAAUUUGUGUAAAUAAAGGGUUUUAGGUGCGGUAAUACCUCAAGAAAGUAGAAACUUUAAGUUGGAAUUUUGGUGACGUAAUUUGAAAACCCGUAAUUGAAAUUAAACCUGUGUUGUGCUUCAGCGCCCUGUGGAUUCUGAAAACAUCUCUCUGGGACCAGGUGGAAGAGGUUAUGGAGCAUGGGCACGAGGCAGUAGUGGUGGUUCAGGAGCAGUAGGUGCUGGUGCUGGUCCGUCAGCUUCUGCUGUGGCUUCUUCUGCUACUGAUGCUGAUAACAGACCUGCCAACAGGUAAUAUUCCAAGAUGCUGCAAGACAAACUUUAGACCAGUAAUUAUUAUAUUUGUGUAAUGUAACUUGUAAAGUUGCAGAUGAGAGGACAACAGUAUGUGUCCUCUUUACAUUAUAGAAAUGAAAAAUAAUUUUGGACAUACAAUGGCAUCACUGGUCACCACUUAACACAGUCCAUUUAUGAGCUCACUGUGUGAUAAGUGAAGUGAUAAGAGAAGUAAAGGGUUGUUGAUCAAGCUUGCUCAUCACCCCUUGUCCAAAUUAUUUUUCUUGAGUUUUGUCUUGGUGCAUAAAAACAACAAAACAAAAUCUGAGUCCAGUAGUCGUCACCUAUCUAGACCGAAGGGGCUUACUCAAUGAAUGUAUUGGACCAAGUUGUGUCUUCAAAAAGGAUUUAGGAUAAUGGGUGACAAACGAGCUCAUUAAAUCAAUUAUUGUCUACCACUGUUAUGACUUUACUUAUCUGCCGUUUCAUUUUCUUAAGGUGAAUACCGCGGCAGUGUUAGCUCAGUUGAUAUAGAAUGGCCUUUUAGGUUUUUUUCACACUGUUGCUUCAGUCGAGUCCACAACUGCAAGGAUUAUUAUUUUUUUCAUGUUAAGUUCAUAGCUCCUUUACAUGAUUAAUUUAUUGUAUAAGCGAAUUUGUAAUAUCUAUUCUUCUAGAUAUUCUGCCCUGGCUGGGGAGAGAAAACACUCAGCUCCUGCUAAAGUGUCUGCUGGAGAAUCCCGUCGUCAGGAACCUCGUAGUCCGGUAUCUGGUGGAGGAAGGCGAGGACCUUUGUCAACCCAAGAACGUGAAAAGGCUCUUGAAGCUGUGCGUGCCGUAACACAACCAAAGGUUUGUACUUAAACACUGUAAUAGCAAACAAAAAAAUUAUUCAAACUGCAUGGUAGGUCAGAAUUGAAUGGUGACACCUAACAACAGUUCAAACCAUUAAGUACUGCUCAGUAGCUUCACUUGGCAAGUCACACUUUAGGAAUUAUCAUUAACAGAUGUACUGUUGAUCCAUGCUGCUCAGUGUAAUGACAGACACCUCCCUUUAAAUGGACACCUAGAGUUGGUCCCUAGCAAUUGCUCACUCGCUGAUUGGUUGAGACCUAUGGUAUAUGAGAGUAUAGACCACAGAUGACACUAUGCUUGCAAAACUUGUUUCUCUCUCUCAGGCAAUUUUGUUAAGACACUUUGCCAGAAAUGGAGAUUAAAAACUGUCAAUGUUAUUUUAAAAGAUCAAAUUAUUUUUCAUGGUCUACAACAUUCCUGGUCAUGGAAAGGACUUAAAAAUAUUUAAAAGUGUGCAGUGAAAACACGAGCUGCAGUUGCAUUCUUGAUGUCUUUUCCAUGUCAUGUAAGAGUUUUUGCAUGGGAAACUACAUUUUUUUUUUAAAUGUAACUCCCUAUGACACAGACACUUGGUGCGAAUCCCAUUUAUGUCUAUGAUCUUAGAUGGAGUUGACUGUUAUCGUCUUCAAAUAUUAAGAUAAAGGUACAUCAUUUAAUUCAAUCACUUAUUUCAUUCCAGCGUAAUAUCCAAGAGCGUGAUGGAGGUCGAGAGUCUCCCAGAACACCCGAAUCUGAUCCCUCUACUGAUGCUGCAGUUGCUGCUCCAGUUCAAGAGCUAACAGAGGAAGACAUGAAGAAGAAAUCAAUUGCCAUUAUUGAGGAAUACCUCAACAUCAAGGAUAUGUCGGUAUGUUUGAGAGAGCACUGAUCAUUUUAAGAGAAACAUCAGAGUUUCAAGAUUAUAGCAAUGUGAUGAUAGCUCUUAAAAAGUAAUAUACCUUCUAAAAUGUAAUUGAACCUUUAAGACAGACUUUACUUAAGGUCAGUGCCCUAGCUCACCGUCAUAAUAAUGAUGUAAUUGAUGCUUUUUAUGAUUAGGAAGCAGCUGUGUGCCUGAAAGAAGUCCAGUCACCGUCAGUUCAUCAUGUCUUUGUCGAUGAAAUUCUUAACCAUACUAUGGAAAAGAAAGCAUCAGACAGGAAUGCAUCUGGCAAGCUUCUGCAUUUCCUGCUACGCGAUGGUGUUCUCACAGCUCAGCAGUAUUUGCAGGGGUAAGAGUGGAUUUCUAAUAAUGUCAGAAUUAUUCUGAUGUAACUCUUAGAGGAGUCCUCCAGUUUUUACAAACAUUUUUCACCCAAAGAUCUUCCAAAGUGGAUACCCAAGUCUUCAGUACACAUGCAUUUAAUAAAGCGCAAGAGAAUCCAUCUUAAGUUUCCACAUUAAGCCCACCUUUUGUAACUCAGUUUAAUUACCCCUAGAGCUAGUUUGAUUUGAAUGAACACCCGCCAAAAUUUAUUUCAUGGACUAAAAAGUGAAAGCCUAAGUGUACAACAUGACAGGAGAUUGUUGUUCAAAAUAAUGCCCAAAUGAGGUUUUAGAAAAGAACCUCAUAACAUCAUGGCAACUAGACCCAUUCUCUUACUGUACAUGUAGUGUUGAAGUAUAAUAUAUAGGUGCCCCACUCCUCUCCUCCUAUUCUGUGUUUACUUAGCUAACCUUGGCAAGAUCCUAAAUGUUACUGGAUGUUUCAGUGAAGAUCAGUUGCAUUUGUUAUUCAUCCACAUUUGAUAUGAUGUAGCAAAUGUUAUUUGAAGCAGUCUUAAACAUCUUCUAUUAAACAGACCUUCUCAGGACUAUUCCUAGACAUUUGCUUGUAAGAAGUUUAAGUUGUGAAACUGCCAGGGUGACUGCAGUUUGUUGCCUGUUGAUGUGACAUUUCCUUCUAUUGAAGGUUUCCGUUACGGUUUUACCAAGUGUUUGAUCGUAGAAUGAAACUGCAUAAUUUUUUCAGUUUCAAGUUACUUGUUUUCACAUGUUUUGUGUAACUGAAUUGCAAUAAUUUGAAAUUAUAACAAUACAUUAAGCCAAGAGACCUUAGUGUGAUUUAGACUUAACCAUUAGACUGUUAGUUUGAGUUGGUUGCUUUACUCAUAGAAACGACAACGAGUAGUCUUAAUUGUUUAGUGGAAAUGAACUGCACACUGUUCCUCCAAUUCUGUACCAAGGUUUGGGUUGACUUUCAUACACUGGGAUCAGUGGUUUCAAAUGACAUUACACUGAUUUUUCUUGUUAUCUUUGCUUUGUUACUUGCUUUGAAGACAACCCCAAGUUUUGAUAAAAACUUUAAUUCACGGAUUGUUUUUUUGUGACCAAAAAAAACAAGAUUUUUACUUUUACCUCUGAAAAUGUUCAUUUUUUAUUUUGUUGAACAGCAUCAUUUAUUAUUGUUUGGUUAACGUAUUUUUAAUCAACUUUAUGUGCCUUUUUUCUUUCAGGCUUGAACAAGUCCUUGAAUAUGCUGAAGACAUAGAAAUAGACAUUCCACAGCUCUGGAAUUACCUUGGAGAGCUCUUGGGUCCAACUGCCUUUGAUGGAAAUAUUGACUUGAAGGAAUUCUUCAAAUGUGUACUAAAAUAUGUGCCAAAACACAAGGCUGCAAAACUCUUUGCAUACAUGCUGCAAACAGCCACAAAUGACACAGUGAGUUGAAUAUAGAUUGUGUUGUUAUAAGCAGUUGAAGCCUUUGUUACCUCUCCAGUAGCCAACGUGUAGUGCGUCUUACAGGCCAUUACACUUUUGAUUUCUUCAGUUAUUUUGAGUGUUAAUCAUAUUCUUUAUUUCUUAAUCUAGAGUCAGGAAGAUGUGUCGGCUGUUUUAAAUAGAUAUGACGUGUCAUUAAAUAUCUUUUUUGAAAAAGAAGCAGAAGCCAAGCAAUUUGCGAAGGAUCAGGUACAUAAAACAAAAGUCUAAUACUCUUAGACUAUGCCCUGCAUAGGAUCAUAACAGGUUUACAUGAAGGACCUUUAAAGAAAAUUUAUUUGUUUUAUUUUUAACCCUGACAGUGCUUAUGUUUGGUCACCGUUGGAUGAUGGUAUUUUUGUACUGUGUAACCCUUGUCAACUCUUACUAUAAGUGAAACUUGGGAUUAAAAAUCCUUUAGUUUUCACCAAGACAAGAGUUUUCUAUUUCAAGUUAAGUUGAGCUGGAAAGAUCCUCUCGGCUUUUCUGUAGUUUUGCUGGCCAGUGUUUAGCUGCCUUUGCAAUGACAGAGUGGGGGGAAAAAACUAGGAAACAUCUUGAAAUUUACAGAAACACAACUGUAAUAGGGAUUGUCCAUUUAAUAGUUAAGUUUACUACACGAGUUUUUCCUCUUUUUUCCCAUUCCUCCUUUAAUAGUCACACUCCUUUUUUUCUUCUUUAGAAUAUCGAGUUUGCUCUUGGACAAGGCAAGUCAUCUCUUAAUACUGGUUCAUCUAAUCAACAUUCUGCUAGAAUACAAGAAGAACUUAGGACUCUUAUAUUGAAAAGAAAAGCAAGAAAUGAUGAGGUGUUUAACUGGAUUGAUGUAAGUAAAAUUACUUUUGAAUAUUUAUUGAACCAUGGCUGUUGUUUGAUGACAUAUGUUUUUUCGGUAUGUUUGUUUGUUUGCUUGUGUUAAAAGUUGGGGACCAACAAGGUUCAAGCUGCCAUAAUCAAUAAGUGACAUCAAGGAACAAAUGAAAUUCAAGAGUUUAAAAUUAAAAUUACAUUGCUUAAGAUUAAAGACUGCCUUCAUCGUUCUUCCCAUUUUAUUGUCUGUGAAUGAUCUUGGCCAAUGGCAGAGAUGCCAACCAGGUGUGGAGACCUAAAAUCUGGAGACUCUUUCUUUUGCGUUAUUCCCAGAUAUCAACGACCAACCCCAACCUCUUAUUUCUUCUGUUAUUUUCUCUGCAGAAGAAUGUUUCCUCAGAAGAUGCAAAGGCGCCUCCAUUUAUUAGGGCCUUAGUAACAGUUGUUUGUGAAGGAGCAAUGGAGAGAGGUAAUUUUAUCAAUAAACCUCCUUUUCUUUACAUCCUGUUUCGCUACUCAUCAAUAUUUUUCACAUCACAUUUUACUGGUCCCUUUUUCUUAACACGGGCUCCAUAUUCCUUGAUAGUUCAUUUUGUACUAUGUGGGCUGGUUUUCAGUUGAGAAAUUACCUUUUUUAUUAUAACACAAAUUUUGCUCUUGCCAAGCUCAUGCUGCAUUACACGUUUACUGGUAGCCCAGUGGUUGACAUUGUUGUCCAUAAACCAGUUCAGAAACAAGUAAUAUAAGUAAAAAUAAUAAGUAAGAAAUAGAAUCCCAACAGGCCAAAGAGAGACAAACAAGUUGGGUGUUUACAGCUGUGGCCGAGGGUUGAAUUCGGGACAUCCAGCAACUGGAGUGGACUUCCAAAUCCAGCCCUGUAACCACUCGCCUACUCUACCGUCCUUGUGUCUAAGAACUCAGGGAGUAGGGGUUGGUUAUGGCUAAUGCCAUUGGGUAUUUUCGUUUGUUAGAUUUGUAAGUUGAUGUAAAAGGAGUGCACAUGUCCUCUGUGAAUGGCUCAUAUAUCAUGUAAUGCAGUCGGUGAUAUCUCAUUUAACAUUAAAGCAGUUAUGUCACGCUAUUUUUUAUCCUAUACCAAAGGUUUAGAGCGUCUGCGACGCAGGCCAAAAAAAUUCUAAACGUGCCUUGUCUUCACGUCGAUUGAAUUCCAAACAUAAUGGCCCAGUUCUUUUAUGCUAUAAUAUUUAGGCAUUGAAACUCUUUCCUGUCGCCUUUUGCUGGGGAUGGCAAGGAUGGACAUGGAUUAAAACCCAUUUUUUAUCCCCUUUUUAGAGUGGUUCACAUUUUUGUUUUACUUCUUUAACAGAAGAUGGAGGCGUUUGCAAAUGUAACAUUAAUAUCCUGAAGGAGAGGAAGCCUCUUCUUCAAAAAUACAUUGAUGACAACGCUAGUCUGGAAAUCCAAGCUGUUUACGCAGUGCAGGCACUUUUCGUUCAGCUGGAUCAUCCUCCAAGUAAGAAUAAUUAAUGGGCUAAAUUCGUCUUACUUCUACACACAGUCCUUAUGAAAGUGGCGGGAAGAAUCUUAAAUGCUCACUAGUAAUUCAACAACAACAACAAUAUCUUUUGUUUAAACACGGUGCGUUUUAAAGCUAAUGUAACCUAUGGGGCCGUGAAGAUCUUUCAAGAGAAAAUCUGCUUGCGAGUCAGAGCAACUAGACCUUGAUGCCAAGCCAAGUCAAGCGUACCCCAAAGAUUCCAUCAACUACGUGUUUUGAAAGUUGAAUGUGUUAGUAAUUGUAACUGGUUUCACGGACAGAUGUAUUAUGUUUUGUAUAGAAUCAAUUAGAGCACUCUUGACCAGGCCUCUUGACCGUGUCCAGGGAUGAUGUACUUCUCCCUUUUAUCAAACAUUUCGAUACGAAUGUCUAAAAAUGUGAUAAAACAGUCACUGAUGCGGCUGAUUUGUAGUCCCAAUAAACAGGUCUUGUUGAAAGCUGAUUUAUCCAACCGAUAAAGGAGCAGUGUUUGUUUUGUCUACUCUUAAGUAAAGCAGUCAGGGUGGGUCUGACUGAAACCUGCUUGUUUUUUAAAACAAACUCAUUAACAGUCAAAGUUAAAGAUAGUUCAUCACUUUGUCUCACAUACACGUUGCACAGCCCUGUCAGUCAUUACCCUCUGUUAUAAGCAUCGUCGAGGUAAAAGCACAAAGACUCUUCGGGCUUGGAGCAUAUUGGCUUAAUAUGUAAAAAAAACUUUCAGUCGUAUCAACGUUAUUUUGUCAAAAUUCAUGUUUAUUUGUCUCUCCUUCUCUUUUGCAGGUUUUGUCAAAUCCUAUUUUGAUAGUUUAUAUGAUGAAGAGAUUAUCACAGAAGAUUCUUUCAAAGCCUGGGAAAACAGCUCCGACGAAGAACCCGGCAAAGGUGUAACUGUUACUGCCGCUUCCGAGUUUUUUCGCUGGCUCAAGAGUGCCCCAGAGGAGACUGGGGAAGAGAGCUAACGCAAGUGCUGUGGAAAUGAAUUACAAACACACACACAUACAAUAAAAACCUCCGAGGUGCAAUUGAAUGAUACGAACAUGAAACAUUGGUUAAUUAUCGCUGGUGAAUUCAGCAUAAAAUAGAGAGAAACUGGAAUCCAGACGCAAGAGUGCUCCUCCACGAGGAGUUAUUUAUGACGUAUGCGAGGGUCAGAGUCUGCAGACGGAAAUCAAGCGCCUGGGAAUGGCGAAGAAUGUCUGUUCUUUGGUCUAAAUGUAAUUCUUGCUAAAGCAGCAGCUCGGAAUGCGAAUGCGCUUCUGAUUUGCACACAUAGUGGACACUUAUCAGCUGUGCGGAUGAACUGUACGGCAUUUGAGCCGCAAUAA